CGGAUGGCGCUGGGGGCGGCCUGCUGGUGGAGGUGAGCUGUGGGGCUGCCGCCUCCCGCGCCCGCUGGUCGCCUGAUGGUGCGGGCCGCGGCCGCCAGGCCCCGCUCGGAUCGGCGGCGCUGAGCGCCCGGGCCGCGUGCACCAUGUCGUCGGGUCUCCGCGCCGCCGACUUCCCCCGCUGGAAGCGCCACAUCGCGGAGGAGCUGAGGCGCCGGGACCGGCUGCAGAGACAGGCUUUCGAAGAGAUCAUCCUGCAGUAUAACAAGUUGCUGGAAAAGUCAGACCUUCAUUCAGUGCUGGCCCAGAAGCUACAAGCAGAAAAGCCGGACAUACCCAACAGGCACGAGAUAAGUCCCGGACAUGAUGGUGCGUGGAGUGAUGGCCAACUGCAGGAAAUGGCCCAGCUGAAGAUGAGACACCAGGAAGAGCUGACUGAGCUGCACAAGAAGCGUGGGGAGUUAGCUCAGCUGGUGAUUGACCUGAAUAACCAGAUGCAGCAGAAGGACAGGGAGAUGCAGAUGAAUGAAGCAAAGAUUGCAGAAUGCUUGCAGACGAUCUCUGACCUGGAGACGGAGUGCCAAGAACUGCGCAGUAAGCUGCAAGACCUCGAGAGAGCCAACCAGACCCUGAAGGAUGAAUAUGAUGCCCUGCAGAUCACUUUCACUGCCUUGGAGGAGAAGCUUCGGAAAACUUCGGAGGAGAACCAGGAGCUGGUCACCAGGUGGAUGGCCGAGAAGGCCCAGGAAGCCAAUCGCCUCAAUGCAGAGAAUGAAAAGGAUUCAAGGAGGCGGCAAGCCCGGCUGCAGAAAGAGCUUGCGGAAGCAGCGAAGGAGCCUCUGCCGGUCGAACAGGAUGAUGACAUUGAAGUCAUCGUGGAUGAAACCUCUGACCACAUUGAGGAGACCUCUCCCAUGCGAACCAUCAGUAGAGCGGCCACUAAGCGACUCUCGCAGCCUGCUGGAGGCCUUCUGGAUUCUAUCACUAAUAUCUUUGGGAGGCGCUCUGUCUCUUCCUUCCCGGUUCCCCAGGAAAAUGCAGAUACUCAUCCUGGUUCUAGUAAAGAAGUGAGGGUCCCAACAACUGCAGUGUGUGUCUUUGAUGCUCAUGAUGGGGAGGUCAACGCUGUGCAGUUCAGUCCUGGCUCCCGGCUGCUGGCCACAGGAGGCAUGGAUCGGAGGGUGAAGCUUUGGGAAGUGUUCGGAGACAAGUGUGAGUUCAAGGGUUCCCUCUCCGGCAGUAACGCAGGAAUUACGAGCAUUGAAUUUGAUAGUGCUGGAUCUUACCUUCUAGCAGCGUCAAAUGAUUUUGCAAGCCGAAUCUGGACGGUGGACGAUUCUCGGUUACGGCACACACUCACGGGACACAGCGGCAAAGUGCUGUCUGCCAAGUUCCUGCUGGACAACGCGCGGAUUGUUUCUGGAAGUCAUGACCGGACCCUCAAACUCUGGGACCUGCGCAGCAAAGUCUGCAUAAAGACAGUGUUUGCAGGAUCCAGCUGCAACGAUAUUGUCUGCACAGAGCAGUGCGUAAUGAGUGGCCAUUUCGACAAGAAAAUCCGUUUCUGGGACAUCCGGUCAGAGACCAUCAUCCGAGAAAUGGAGCUGUUGGGGAAGAUUACUGCCCUGGACUUAAACCCGGAAAGAACGGAACUUCUGAGCUGCUCCCGAGACGACCUGCUAAAAAUUAUCGAUCUCCGGGUCAGCGCGGUCAGGCAGACGUUCAGUGCACCUGGGUUCAAGUGCGGCUCUGACUGGACGAGAGUCGUGUUCAGCCCUGAUGGCAGUUACGUGGCAGCGGGCUCGGCGGAGGGCUCUCUCUAUGUCUGGAGUGUGCUUUCUGGCAAAGUGGAGAAGGUCCUUUCAAAGCAUCACAGCUCCUCAAUCAACGCGGUGGCGUGGUCCCCUUCCGGUUCCCACGUCGUCAGUGUGGACAAGGGAAGCAAAGCCGUGCUGUGGUCGGAAUACUGACAGCGCCUCCUAGCGGGAGCAGGUCCGGAGCUGGAGAAGCACUCGGCCGCGGCUCGGUCCUGGCAGGUGGCCUGCUGGGGCAGCUUUGACCUCCAGAGAAGAGCGGAGCCAGCUGGCUUUCCUUCGAACAGGACUUGUGAGGAUUGGGGCUGCAGUCUCUGGUGACCUGGAGGAAGGACACUGAAAAGCGCCUGCCACUGCGUCACCUGGCAGAGGCUGCCUCCGUUCUGUGGGAAACACUACUAGCUCUGACCUUGCCUACCUCAGCGGCGGGCAGCGCAGGCUCCGUGCACGGCGGCGCCCACCCACAGUGCCCGCGCGGGGCUCUCCCACCGUCCCUCUAGGCGGUCCUGGCCCGACGCGUGUCCUGUCGCCUUGGGGUCAUUUCCCAGUGAACUAGCUUUAAUCAUUGGAUUAACAGAAACCCAAACAGGAUUACCCCUGUCCUCAGGGAGCCCGUGGGGACUGCCCUGGUUUCCAGGGAGACCUGGGGCUGCGGUCCUUCCUGCUGGUUCGUCUGUUAUUCCCAAGCUCUUAUUUCUGAUCUCUGAUUAUGGUUGGAAUUUCCUUAGGUUCUUGGAAAGCAACCGUUCUUCCAAGCUCCUGGUUCUACAUAUCUGUUCCUUAGUCAAGACAUAACUCAAAUUGGUUAAAAAUAUUUUUUUGAGAGGAAGUGCAAAAACCCUUUCUCCAGAGAAGUGCGUGAGCUGCAGGACUGGGUGUCCUCCUGGACCCAUCUGUCCCUUCCCAGACCGUGGGUGCACCCCGCAGUCUUAGCGCCCAGCAGCUGGGGGCUCGGAUGCAUCCGGGGAGCUGGCACCUCCCGGUCUCUGCCCUGUGCCAAGCCCACGCAGUCCCUUCGGUGCGGGAGCACAGGAAGCCCGUCCGGAGGCGAGGAGUGACUGUCCCUCCGUCUCAGGAGCUGAUGAAGGCCGAGGAAACUGGCCUGGGCAUUUUUCUUUUCAAGCGUUUAUCUUUCCCAUUUUACCUGUGUAUAAAAUUUUGGUUCCUCAAGUGACUGAAACGCCAAUAUUUUUAUCACUUUCUAAUUUGCACUUUAUUGGUUUCCUCCCUUACUCGCUCUCUGGACAGCUGUGGCGAGUCUGAAGCUGGGCGCGGGCGCGGCUCCCUCCCUCGUGCCUGCCCUCACCUGCCCUUUCGGUUUGCCGUCCAGAGAGCUGGGUUGAGGGGCUGAAAUUCACAGGCCAGGGCACAUCUUUAUUUAU